AUGGCAGGGUCAUCCCUGCUGGUGAGAAACGCUGAUCUCUACGAAGAUGUCAACUCAACAGAAGAGCCGGCCUCCUUAAUGAGCAACCAAACAAGCCAGGAAAGCUGGUCUGAAGAUGCCUCCCUUGGUUUGGUGACCCUCUGUACUAUUUACGCAGCCUACGCUACCAUCAUCUCCAUGGGUCUUCUAGGGAACGUCAUCCUUGUCAAAGUCUUCUUCAAGAUCAAAUCCAUGCAGACCGUCCCCAAUAUUUUCAUUACCAGCCUGGCUUUUGGAGAUCUGCUCCUUCUGUUGACUUGCGUGCCGGUAGACGCUGCCUGUUACAUCGUGGAUACGUGGUUGUUCGGACGAAUCGGCUGUAAACUCCUGUCUUUUAUCCAGCGGACCUCCGUGGGGGUAUCUGUAUUCACGCUGACGGUCCUCAGCGCUGACAGGUACAAGGCGAUUGUGAAACCCUUGGAGCUCCACUCGGAUGCCGUUCUGAAGACCUGUUGCAAAGUUGCUUGCAUCUGGAUUGUCUCCAUGUUAUUUGCUACUCCGGAAGCCGUAUCUUCUGAUCUCUAUAUUUUCCACCUGCCCGAGAGGAACACCACCCUCAAAACCUGUGCCCCGUAUCCCAUCUCUGAACGUGUCCUGCAGGAAGUCCACUCGCUGGUUUGCUUCUUGAUCUUCUACAUCUUACCCCUAGCGAUCAUAUCUAUCUAUUACUUCCUGAUUGCCAGGACCCUCUAUAAAAGCACAUCCAGUAUGCCUGCAGAAGAGCAAGGUCACGCUCGUAAGCAGAUUGAAUCCCGCAAGCGAGUGGCCAAAACGGUGCUGGUCUUGGUUGGCUUGUUCGCUUUCUGCUGGCUACCCAACCACAUCCUCUACCUAUACCGUUCGUUCACCUACCACACUUCCAUAGACACGUCCGCUUUCCAUCUGGUGGCCACCAUCUUCUCCCGGGCGUUGGCCUUCAGCAAUUCCUGUGUCAACCCCUUCGCUCUCUACUGGCUGAGUAAAAGCUUCCGCCAACAUUUCAAGAAGGAAAUCUUGUGCUGCAAAGCCAAGAUGCCCGUCAGAAGGGCCAGCCUCACUCAGACCCACACCCCGAGCAGAGCCAUGUCAGUCACGGGCUCGGAAAUCAGUGUCACUUUGCUCACGGAUUAUAGUAUCACCAAAGAAGAGGAGAGCGUUUAAUUAUACUUCAGGAUCGCCGUCCCGCUAGAUCUAUUGGCAAGAUCCAGAAAAUUGCUGAAGGUUCAAGGAGAGCUUCUUGUACUCAUCAGAAA